AUGGUUAAAGCUGUUGUUCUCGGAGCCUCUGGUGGCAUUGGCCAGCCACUCUCCCUCUUGCUAAAGGCCUCUCCUCUUGUGGACGAGCUCGCCUUGUACGAUGUCGUCAAUACCCCUGGUGUUGCGGCUGACCUUUCUCACAUCUCUUCGGUUGCCAAAAUUACUGGCUUCCUCCCUGCCGACGAUGGACUCAAGAAGGCCCUGACUGGUGCCGACAUUGUUGUUAUCCCCGCUGGUAUCCCCCGUAAGCCCGGUAUGACCCGUGAUGAUCUUUUCAAGAUCAAUGCCGGCAUCGUGCGAGACCUGGCCAAGGGCAUUGCCGAAUUUGCACCGAAGGCUUUUACUCUUGUUAUAUCGAACCCCGUCAACUCGACUGUGCCUAUUGCUGCUGAGGUCUUCAAGGCUGCUGGUGUCUUUGACCCCAAGCGUUUGUUUGGAGUAACCACCCUUGAUGUCGUCCGUGCCGAGACCUUCACCCAGGAAUUUUCUGGACACAAGGAUCCAUCCCAGGCUACCAUUCCCGUGGUCGGUGGUCACUCCGGCGAGACAAUUGUUCCUUUGUUUAGCAAGGCGUCUCCCAGCUUCCAGAUCCCUGCUGAUCGUUAUGAUGCCCUUGUCAACCGUGUUCAAUUCGGUGGCGAUGAGGUUGUGAAGGCGAAGGAUGGCGCUGGCUCGGCAACCCUGUCUAUGGCUUAUGCUGGCUUCAGAUUCGCUGAGGCCGUGAUCAAGGCCUCCAAGGGCGAAAAGGGUAUUAUUGAGCCUACUUUCGUCUUCCUGCCGGGAGUUGCAGGUGGCGAGGAAAUUUCGAAGGCCACUGGUGUGGAGUUCUUCUCCACUCCUGUUGAGCUCGGGCCCCACGGCGCAGAGAAGGCCAUUAACAUCCUGGAUGGUGUGACGGAGCAGGAGAAGAAACUCCUAGAAGCUGCCGUCGCUGGCCUGAAGGGCAACAUCGAGAAGGGCGUGGAAUUUGUCAAGAACCCACCACCAAAGUAA